UACAACUUUUACGCGACCAAGUCAGUAGCAGAGUGAUGAAGGUGUAACGCAGUUACCUGUCUUCUGAAAGCGUGUCGGUGCACUUUCGGAUUCUUAGUGUUUACAAACUUGCGAAUGUGUGUGUUUGUGUGUGCUUUUUUUUUGCGUGUUCUGGAUAUAUGCAAUUAACACAACGAUGUUAACAUUGCGCGCUGAUUUGUUAAACGUCUGCUGUCAAUGAGAUUCACGCUUUUUGCACAGAUGACCAGCUGAGCACAGUAUCGAUCGCCGGAAGUGAGGAAGUAUGCAGACCAAAAACAUCAACGUGGUCCAGCCUUCUGCCACGAAGAUAGAGAAAAAUGCUGUUGCGGCCGCUGCCAAUCAGAACAGCUCUGUCAUCAUCAGCAAGACAGGGAGCGGUGGAACAGCCAGCCUGAGCGGCAACAACGCGCCAAUCGGUUCCGUUGAGAACCACGUCCAAAUGCAAAACGGGUCUCUAACGAACGGCGCCCCUACUUCUUCCUCCUUGGGCGGAGGCCUCUUGCAGAAUAACAGCUCCGAUAGCAGCAGUUCUUCCACGGUUGUUGAAUCCACUGUUACUAUUCCCGGGGUGAACGGCACCACCAUGACCGUCUCCGCCAUAAAUGGACUAAACAUGGGUCUCAAAUCCCCAUAUCAGUAUCUUCAUUUGACCUCGCCCAGUCACGUCCCCCAGGUGGGGUCUCACCAGCCCUCGGGUGGCUCAUCCUCGCACCAACACAUCCCGACGUCUUCGUCUCCCUACCAGCCUCUCCCCGUGACUUCGAAGCAGCAGUUCAUAUCCUCCUCGACUUCGAUCUAUCAGCAUGUGCCCGUGACGUCAUCGCAACCUGUGACCUCACCCUACCUGCCACCGCCCCUCCCUCCUCGGGUGGGGUCAUCCCGUCCCCAUAUUCAUCUGCCACAAGAGGCACCUUCAUCUCAUCACUCCCUGAGUGCAUCCGGCCCUGCACACCACAGCGUUUACAAACCUGUACCGCCACCGAAGCCGUUCGUAGGACCUGAAGCCUCUCCUUCAGUCGCAUCAGGAAUCACCACGACAGCACCGUCGUCCGGUGGUCAGUCUUUCGUCGGAAACAAGGGUCCGCCCACCUCGUCCAGCCUCCCUCCCCCACCAGUACCUUUCCAUCAGACAACCUCUCCCGAACAACUCAGGGAGCAUUUGGCUUCCGUGACAGGUUCAACGCUACAAUCCUGCGGGACUCCUCCUGUCCUCUCUCACAUCCUGGUGACUGAUCAGGGUCAGUUUCACACCCACUCUUCUAAAUUUCCGAUUGAGGUGAAAGAGGCUCCUGGUCGCCUCUUCUACACAGAGCCACAUAAUAGCCUCCCCCCUCUGGGGCCUCCUCCCCCUCCCCGGUUCACCUCGGGAUCGCCUUUCCUCUCUGGCUCCGUCACCCUUGGCCGAGGACUGACUGGCAUCAGCGGGCUAGCGGGUAUGGGCACAGCCAAAGGAAGCACACUGCCCAGGUCACGUGUGCCCUCCUUGGCUGACCUGAGGCCUCCUUCACAGGCACCUUUUACUGCCCACAGUCACCCACAGACUCGCCAUAAUACUGUGAAUGAAGAUCGAGAACAUCUGGUUAACGCUGAGAGACAAUCAAGGUGCAUUGAUGGUAUAGACAACCCCACUCUGCUUGACGACUCUCACAUGCCAAUCUACCGUUCCAAAGGUGUAGGUGGAGGACCCCAUGGCCUCCAUCCUUCAGGGAUCCCUGCAGAAGGCACUCUGGCUGGAGCGCUCCCUGCACAGACUCAGACUCGGCCCUAUGAAUCCCCUUUCACGUCCCGCCCACCUUUCCAUUCCUCACAGCCUCCACACCACUCGCAGAAUGCGUCGCAUCAGGCGAAAUUUACUAGAGAAACGUGGAUGCGAAACUCCCAAGACCAGCGCCCUGGCAUUGUUGAACUACAUCCCCAACAAGGACAUAGCCACAUGAAUGGCCAUGGUCCUCACCAUCCUGUCAACUGCUCACUUCUUCCAAACAACAGUCACUUGGAGGGACACCAUAAUAAUAGCACUAAUCAUCCAGGUCUCAUGAAUGGUCAUCACUCUCAUUUGAAUGGCAAUAAAGAUAAUACCGUUACGGCUGUCAAUCAAAACAACAGAACAUCGGCUGUUGAUGAAAAUCAGGUGAACGGCGUUCAUGAACAGAGGAAUGAGUCGCGGAAGGACGACAAAUGGGGAUCUCUGACAAGGGGAAUUGCUGCGAAGAAAUAUCAGAAUUUUAAAGAGAAACUAAGCAAUAAGUUUUCUAAAAGUGACAAGCCAGAAGAGCGCACCAACAACGCGUCUUAUACAAAUGAUAAAAAGACCACUAACCAGACUACCAACAGCCAGAACAAUACCGCCUCCAACAACGGGAGUUCAGAUCAGAAUGAAGCAAAGUCGCAACCGGGGUCUUCCAGAGACAGCUUCCGAAGAGCCAUCCAUCAAAGCUCGCAAAAUGCCAACCACCAAGAGAACGUCAUGGAAACUAACUUGAACAGUCACCAGCCCGAAGGACUACCGCCCCAGUACCCUCGACCUCCUCAGCCGAUACCACCUCCGCACGCCCACGCAGGUUAUCAAACAGGGGCUCCUUCACAUCACCCCACGCACCACCACCAUGAUCCUAUGGCGCGGGGACUGCUCAUGAGGCGUUCUGGCUCCUACCACCACUUAUCUCAGCAUCAUCAAGAAACUCCCACAUGGAGAUCACACCAUUAUUCUGUAGAUAAUUUAGUAGAUUCCCAAGUGUUGCCCUCUGACCACACAUACUCCGGCCCAGCUGUCACUAGUAGUCGAGGACAGCCAGCUGGAUCGGGAGGACCAGAUUCGGGCCGUGGUCCUGCCGGUGCUGGGAAUGAUGCUCGAGUUCCAAACCCUUUAGAUACCAGUCUAGAAUCGUCCACGUCUCAGAGGCAUAACACCCAGGGUCAUUCCUCAGGUAAUGAUUCGGAGUGGGUGGACAUGACUGACACAGAGCUCCAGCGUAUCAUGAGGAAAAGUACUGAUAAUAAAACAGGAAGCCGCUUAACCAGACGAGAGUCCUUAGCAGCAACGCCCCCAUUACCUCCCCUCUCCCCGGAAGGCACUCCGUCACCUUCGCCUAGGCCGUCCCCAACACUUCGCCCUCGGAAGCACAGUUUGUCGUACAGCUGUGGAGGAUUAAAUAAACCCGACUUGUUGGAGGCGGCCGAACAAGAAGCAAGUGGACAGAGAGGGGUGGGCGAGGGGCGGACAGGCAACAGUUCCCAGGGCAGCUCUCAGUCAACGCCGAGAAGACCAUCGAAUUCCCAUGUACAUCAUAAUCACAAUGGGGGAAAGACAUCUACAGGUGUUAAUGCUGGCACCCGAAGUAUAGGCGUAUCGAAUGAAAACUGGGCCCACAGGAAGCCAGAGGAGAGAAGAAGAGGUGAAGUGCACAACCCUCACAGCAAGAGCAACAAUCGAGUCGAUUUAGGUCCCAGUGGAGGUGACUUAGAUGCAGGAGAGAUUACUUCUACAACAGAUGCUCUCGAUUUAGAUUCUAUGCUCGAUGGUGGUGUCACAGAGGCCACUAGUGACGAUGACGCAACUUCAGCGUACGAUCCUGAUGUACACCUCAUCAGAAAACAGUUGGAGGGCCUUGAAGGAAUGUAUUCCGAGGUUCUAAAACUCUUAGGAGGGCGUCGCGGGGGAAGAAAUCUCAUGGGUCAUGGUGGUGUAAAUAUGCUCGAUUCCAAGGCCUCGAGACGGCGUCUACAUGGUUCCCUAUCAUCGCUUCCCUCCUCCAUCGUGUCUUCUCGCCCCGGGAGGGAAAAGCGGCGUGUUAUUGAUGACAGAGUAAGAAAAAUUGGAAGAGAUUAUGGCGGGAAGACUAUCCACAAGAGGUUUCAAAGGCUGGAGAGUCACGUUGUUACUUUGGCUCGCAGUGUUGCUCACCUCAGUUCUGAAAUGAGAACUCAGCAUCUUAUGCUACAGGAAAUUGAAAGCAUACGAGGAGAAAUAUCAAUGCUGCGAACCGGAAACAAUUUGCCCAACAAUAAUGGAGGCCACGGAAAUAAAGGAUCCAAUCACAUCUCUUGGGAGUCCUUCAGAGCUGGCAUUCCAAGUCUGUCCAACCCUGGAAGAGUGAAAAAACUCACGCAGUUCUUUGGGGACGAGCCGCCUUUGGUGAGAAUCUUUCUUCGUAAACUCGGUUAUGAGAAAUAUGCGGGAUUGUUUGAGCAAGAGAAAAUCGGUAUGCUCGAACUACCAUAUCUGUCAGAAGAGCGGCUUCAAAAGAUUGGCAUUCCAAUGGGUCCCAGAUUACGCAUAUUGCAAGAAGCUCAGGGACCGAUCAGGAAAGACGGUAACUUGAGCGUAUACGUCGUUUAAGGGAGAAAAGCUUUUGACUGAAAAAUGUGUGGAGCUUUGUUUCAAUGUACAUAUGUAUAUACAUUAUCUAAUUUUUUUUUCUAAGGACCUGUAAUAGACUUUAUUGCAGAUCACACGUAUUGAGCAUUAAGAAUGGCGUACAGGAGCCUGGAGAAAAUGCCGUGUUCAUUCUUUGCAAUAGUUUUAAUGUUCCCAUUUUGGGAAUGUUCCACAUGCUUGUGAUUUUGCUUUCUCUUUGUCAGACUCGGAAGGGAUUAAAACUUUUCAAAAAUAAUCCAUAUGGAAUGCAGUAUCAAGAUAUUUUUAGCGCAUUUGAUCAUAGUCUCCACUACUACUUAUUGGAGAAAAUGUAAUGGUUGCCAUUCUUAAAAGAUUAAUCUUCUAAGCUCUUAUGAUAUUGUUAAUUGUACAGGCAUUACUUCUACAGAGAUCAUUACACAGACAUUGGUCUUUUAACAUUCACCCUGAAAAGUUUUUCUUGCAGGCUCUCCUCUGACAAAUCAGAGGAGAGAUACUGAGUUGAAUCUUUUCAUGUCAGUUAGAUUUACGUGCAGGAAAAUUUUCUUUUAAAUCAAAGCUUUUCAUAAACAAUCUCCUAUAAAAGACUUCAAGCUAACUACCACCACCGUGCUAGAAUUCAUCUUUAAUAAUACUUAAAGUGAGGUGCUAGCAUAGGUGUCUAUGUUAAUUUUUUCUUUCAGUCAUUUUAAUGUUUUGCCUAGGAUUUCUGAGCCCUGUAUAACUGAUACCUACAACUGUUACGUAGAGGUCAGAAUAUUAAUGUUAUUAAGAUUAAAACUUUAAAAUUGUUUCCCUUCCAUUACAAAGUGAGACGUGCUUAAAAAUAUUAUUCAAAAAUAUGCAUUAUGAAAUGCAUUUAUAGGUGAAAAGUUUUUCAGAUGUGUCAGAUGUUGAAGGCUGUGUUAUCAGAUAUGAGUCGUGUAUAAACUGUAUUAUAGUGUACCAUGGUUGUGCUUCAGUAUAGUCUCCUGUGUACCAUGUAAAUUAUCAUUUGUACAAUUUUAAUAAAGAUACAGA